UUGCAGCCAUUUUUCUUGUGUGUUCCGGCCACUGGGGGUGGAGACAUGGUAGAAGAAAUCAUGGAGGUUGGCGUCACGUAGGAUGGCGACAUGGAGGUUGGCGUCAUGGAGGAUGGCGACAUGGAGGUUGGCGUCACGGAGGUUGGCGUCACGGAGGAUGGCAUCACGGAGGCAGUAAUCAUUUGAGACGAUGUCUGACCAGAAUAAAGUUUUUGACAGAACACAUAAAAACGUUAAACAAGGAAUUGGACCAAUGUCUGUCAUCUCCACUACCUACCACAACGUCACCAACAACUACCGCCACGCCACCAACGACUACCACAACGUCAGCAACAACUACCACGUCACCAACAACUACCACAACGUCACCAACUACCCCCACGCCACCACCACCGUGUGGAGUUCCAAACACGUGUUUGAUGCCUACCUGUCCUCCAGCAAAUCAGCGUCCGCAAUAUACGUGCCCAAACAACAACAUCUGUUGUGCUCUUUAACUACUACGACGUCUCAUAUCAGGGGUGAUGACAAAACCUCGAUACAGUGGUAAUAGCUGCCAAGAAAUUAAACUUUGUUUAACAAAGCAUGUUCUAUUAUCUGCUUAUUAAAUACUGUGAAACCAUUA